CAAGGCGCCUUGUUAUGUCAAUGAAAGCGGGGAUUUCAUGGAAGAUCUGCGAGACUCCACUGACUUUGGUGUCCCAGCGUGGAUUUCUCUUUCCGACACAGACCUCGGAACUGGGACUCGGAAAAUACUCCGGCGAAGAAACGCACUAAAAUGCCCUCAUAAUUUCAUACUUUACUUCCACUUGGACGCAGCCCUGAAAUGAACAUAAAGUGGAAUUUGAAAUUACUGUUUCCUUGGAUAGUUGUAAUCUUCCAUCUGCUUGUUUUUCACGGUUUUAAUUGCCAGUCGCCAAAGCCUCAAAGUAAAUUCCCAAGGAGAAGGUUUAACUCCCUCAGACAGAAACGAGAUCUCCUUGGAGAGACCAUCAGUCCCGUGCUUCCUGACUCCGCCUUGCCGAGAAGUAUCCUGCAUAACUUCACUGCCCGCCAUGCCUCCACAGAGUCCUGUAGCUGCCUUAAUGGAGGCUGGUGCAAGGAAGGUGGUCUGUGUGACUGCGCCCAGUUCCAGGCCUCGGGCGAGCGCUGUCAGAUCAUUGCCAACACGGGUCAGGACAGAGAUGGGAUCUGUCGGUCUUGGGGACAGCACCACUUUGAGACAUUUGAUGGUAUCUACUACUACUUCCCGGGAAAGUGUUCUUACAUCCUGGCCAAAGACUGCCACAGGACGGAGCCACAGUACACGGUGUGGGUGCACAACGAGCGGGACUGUGAAGGACCAAUGUACACCUGUGCACGCUCCCUCAGCCUCUACUUCCCCAAUGAGGAGGAGAUCCUCAUUGCUGAGUACCAGGUCCACAAGGGGGGUGUCAGACUGAGUUUACCGCAGACCAUCCACAACGUGUUCAUCGAGAGGCUGGCCGACUACAUCCUGGUGAAGAGCACGUUCGGCCUCUCCCUGGCCUGGGACGGGGGCUCUGGUGUCUACAUCAAAAUGACGGAAGAGCACAAAGGCCGGCCUUGUGGACUCUGCGGGAACUACAAUGAUGACGGAUCGGAUGACCUCACCACCAGCUACGGCGUGAAGACCGAGGACACGGCGGACUUCGGCAACAGCUGGCACGUAGACCUUCCUCACCAGGCACCCUGCGAACCCGUGGAGGACGACUUCUCCGGGCCCUGCAAAUCUGAGUCUGAUAUGGAGGACGCCGUGGAGAAGUGCAGCGUCCUCCUCUUCUUCCCCUUCCUCUCCUGCCAUGAGAACAUCGACCCCAACCCUUUCGUGGCCAGCUGCGUCUCCGACCUGUGUGUGUCUGACGAUGAGGAGACGUUCUGUCGGACCCUGGUGGAGUACACCAGGGCCUGCUCGCACGUGGGCUACCCCGUGAGAGAGUGGAGGGACAGCUUCCCCACCUGUGCUGACCGCUGCGAGGACAGCUUCGUCCACAGGGACUGCAUCAGCUGCUGUCCCCCCACCUGCACCUUUGAGAAGGAGUGUCUCGGCACCAACCUGCACUGCUUGGAUGGCUGCUACUGCCCCGAUGGGAUGAUUCUGCAAAAUGGCACUUGCAUUGCUGUGUCCCAGUGCCCCUGUGUGUACCACGGCCACGCCUUCCCCCAAGGCCAUGUGCUGGAGCAGGGCUGCAGUUCCUGUGUCUGCAUGGGAGGUGUGUGGAACUGCACAGAGGGCAACUGUACAGCGGAGUGCUCCAUCAUGGGCAACUCGCACAUCACCUCAUUCGACGGGCGGAUCUUCACACACCUGGGCACCUGCCAGUACGUGCUGGUGAAAAGCCGGGGAAGCACCCGCUUCAUGGUGACCCUGCAGAACGUGCCCUGCGGUGAGAGGCAGGAGCACCCCUGCAUCCAUUCGAUGACACUGGUUGUGGAUGAGGACGUGAGCCGGCAGGUGACCCUCACCAGGGAAGGAGAGGUCUUCAUCGGGGUCAAUCAGGCGACCGGCCUGCCCUACUCCGACGAUACGGUGGAGGUUCGUCAGCUGACGUCCCUCUUCGUGCAGCUGCACACUGUCUUCGGCUUGCACGUGCAGUUCGAUGGGCGUGGCGGGCGCCUCUACGUGCUGCUGGACAGCAGCUGGAAGGGCUUCACCGUGGGCUUGUGUGGCACCUUCAACGGGAACCUGCGCGAUGACUUCCUGUCCCCGUCGGGCAUGAUCGAGGGCACGCCCCAACUCCACGCCAAUGCCUGGAAGGUCUCCUCAGCAUGCAGCAACCCUGUCAAUGUGCCCAUUAUUGACCCCUGUGACCUGAACCAGGAGAAUGGGUUUUACGCCUCGCUGUGCGUUGUGCUCACAGAAGAGCUCUUUGCUCCCUGCCAUGAAUACGUCAGCCCCAGCGUGUACUACCAGCAGUGCCGCUUCCAGGCGUGCCUCUGUGGCGGUAGCUGCAUGUGUACGGCCCUGGCACACUACGCCUACGUCUGCGCCAAGCACCAGGUGGUCAUUAACUUCCGGGCCCACGUGUCCGAGUGCGGUGUGGUGUGCCUGGGUGGAAUGAUGUACCACUCAUGCACCUCCACCUGUGGGAGGACCUGCCAAUCACUGUCCAGCGGGGAGCUGUGCAGUAAUGACUGCGCCGAAGGCUGCGGCUGCAGUGAAAACACCUUCUACGAUGACGUGCGCCAGCGUUGUGUCCUUGCGUCUCACUGUCACUGCUACUUCAUGGGAUCUGUCUUCCAGCCUGGCGAGGUGUCCUUCAGUGCCUCAGGUCCCUGCCUCUGCAGGAAUGGACGUAUGGAAUGUGUACCAGAGGAACGAGAACCCGAGCCUAGAGACUGCCCCCCAGGGAAGGUUUACUACAGUUGCCGGGAACCACAGACAGCCCAGUCCCGCCUGGGUUUAGCCUGUGAGGUCACAUGCCGGAACCUGAUGAUCAAUCUCACCUGCUCGCCCAUGACUCCCUGCGUCCCUGGCUGCGGCUGCCCUGCGGGGCUAGUAAGACACAAUGGAGAAUGCUACUACCCGGAGAACUGUCCGUGUGCCUGGCUGGGGUUGGAGUAUCUGCCUGGGGAAGUGGUGUCCACACCGUGCUCCAAAUGCACCUGCCAUCGCGGCUUUUUUAACUGCACCUAUUACCCCUGCCCGGGGGUCUGCACUGCGUACAGCGACCGCCAUUACCACACGUUCGACGGACUGGAGUACGAUUAUGUCAGCAACUGCCAGGUGUAUUUAGUGAAGAGCAUCAACGACACUGAGAUUUCCAUCACCACGCAGAACAAGGACUGCUACGACAGCGGCAUCAUCUGCAUGAAAUAUCUGGUGAUCUACGUGGGCCUCACAAAGAUCUACUUCAGCGACAGCUCAGGAAAGCCGAGUUCCUCCACAGUGGUGGGGAAAGGCUAUGAGUUCCAUCUGUGGCGGGCCGGCUACUACACGGUGGUGCACUUCCCCAAGCAGGAGAUCACCAUUCUGUGGGACAAAAAGACCACCGUGCACAUCCGUGCCGGGCCUCAGUGGAAGGGUCAGCUGACAGGGAUGUGCGGAAACUUUGACACAGUCACAGUGAAUGACAUGACCACUUCCAGCCACAUGGAGGUCAGCAACCCCCAGAGCUUCGGAGACAGCUGGGCCCUUGGCCAGUGUGAAAGUGACUUCGUGGUGAAGAGGCCGUGCGAAGGAGACCUCAACCGGCAGCCGUACGCCAAGAGAGAAUGCGCCGUUCUGUACAGCGACGUCUUUGCUCCCUGUCACAAUGUGGUGGAUGUGACGUGGUUCUACAAGAACUGCCUGACGGACACAUGCAACUGCAACCGGGGCGGCGACUGCGAGUGUCUGUGCACCAGCAUCGCUGCCUAUGCCCACAAAUGCUGCCAGCAGGGCGUGACCGUUCACUGGAGGUCUCCCACUGUGUGCUCAUACGACUGCGAAUACUACAAUCAAGAGCUGGGAGAGGGGCCUUACGUCCUCUCGAAUGCUGCAUUCAAUGACACGGUGAUUGGGGCCAACUUGACCAGUGGAGAGGUGUUCUCUCUUCCCAAGCCCAGUGCCCAGGGUGGAGUCCUCUUCAACUUCAUGGUCACGGUGGGCCUCUACAAGGACAAGCUGUCUCGCGUGCCCAUGGUGUCCCUGGAGUCUGCUGAGAGGCCCAACUACUUCCUGUGUGUGACGGGGAGGCUCUCGCUGAGACUGGAGCGCUGGAGCGGGACCGAGGACUUCCGCCAAAGGGGCACCUUUGUCCACCACCAGGGCCUAUGGUUGCCGAGCCUGUCCUCCUUUGAGCUGUAUGGUCAGAAGGGCAUCUUCCUCACCCUCAGCCCCAGCGGCAUUCGCGCCAUGGCCUACGACCACUCAGAGCACUUCAGGCAAAUCAGUAGCUUCAUGCUCGAAGAGAGCAGUUUUGUGAUCCCUUACCGGAUCAUGUGUGAAUGGAAGUACCAUGCGUGCUCCAGCCCAUGUCUGAAGACCUGCAGCGACCCCACAGCCUCACAAUGCCGCUUCCUGCCACCGGUGGAAGGCUGCUUUCCGCGGUGUCCGAAAAACAUGAUCCUCGAUGAGGUUACAAGAAGAUGUGUCUACAGAGAGGACUGCAUCAUCCUACCACCAACACCAACCCCUUAUAUGUAUGUGACGAGAUCCAACAGAACCACAACAGCUCCCACUACAGAACCCAGCACAGUGACUGAACCCCGUACUACCAGAUUCCCAACAACCACGCGCACCACCAUCAUUGUGCCACCUGCCACCUCCACCCCAAUGCCCCUUAGCACCCUCACCUCCCUGAUGACGUCAUCACCCCCCUCCACCACCCACGGUCCUGUCACAUCCGCCGUAACGGACGGGGUGACUAUUCACCCGCUGCUCACUGCAACCAUGCCUCCAGCUGCCAUGACGAGUGAACCUGUCACCGUGGCUCCGCCCAGUAUUGCCCCACAGCCCUCAGUCCGUUCUACCACAGCGCCUCCCAGUACACGGGCUUUGACCACCAGGUCCACCGAGGAGCCGACCAGUGCCAGUACAGUUCCCAUGACGAGCACCAAACAUGUGACAGCUCCAUCAUCAACAGCUGUCUUGAGGACUACUCCAUCUCCCACCACCAUGAAAGCCAUGACUCCUUCACCUAGCCUUCCUCCUGACACGACCACUCCUACGCCUCCAGAGACCACGGAGACUAGCCCUACGACCCUGGAGGCCACCCCUCCUCGUCCCACCCCGACACUUUCUGAGUUGACAACCACCCAGCCCACAACUGGCAUCAUAUCCACGGCGACAUCUCCUGUCACUACACCAGAAUCGGUCAGCUUGACCACAGGGCUCCCUCCGUUUCUGCUGCCAACCGCCCCCUGCACUCCACCGUAUUCGUAUCGUGUGGACGAAUGCAGUGAGUACAUCUGCUUCAAUGGCCAGCUGAUGUUCCACAAUGCUUCACUGCACUGCCGCUUCAACGUGUCUCAGCCCAACUGUGGCCUUUUGGGCAUGGCUGUCCAGACCAAUCGGGACAACUGCUGUCCACAGUGGGAGUGUCCCUGUCGCUGCUCAGUAAUUUCGGACCUGAGAGUAAUUACCUUCGAUGGCAACAACGUGGCCCUGUAUGACAAUGGAUCCUACAUUCUGGUUCAUCUUCCCAGAGAAAAUAUUGUGGGCCACAUUGAGAAGUGUCCAACCAGUGUGAGCGUCAACUCCAUCCGACGUCCUACCUCCACAGGUGGCACCUUGGGGCUCUGCUUUAAGAAGCUCAACAUCACUACUCAUUCCUACAGGAUCAUGAUUAAUCGGUUGGAGAGAAAGGUGUCUGUCAACUUCAUCAACGCACGGCUGCCUUUCACAAGGCAGAAACUGCACAUUGAUGACACUGGGACUAUGUAUGUCAUCCACACCCCUGGAGGAGUCAGCAUCCAAUGGUACCACAGCACAGGAAUCAUAGUCCUGCAGUACAGCGGUCGGCCAAACAUUACCACUGGCACACGUGGACUUUGUGGCUGCUGCGACGGGAACCCAGCAGAUGACCUGAAGCUCCCGAAUGGCACGGUGGUGAGGGACGUGGAGGAUAUCCCCGUGUUCCUGCAUAGUUGGAUGGUAGACACUUCUGAGGAGAUGGGCUACUUCCGCCGGGUGGGAGACAACUGCACCACAGGCAACUGCACCAAGUGCUUUCAGAUGCUGAACCGGAGGCCGUUCUCUGAGUGCCAUAGGAAGGUUUCCCCAGAACAGUUUUGCGACAAGAUUUGGGCCGGUGACCUACAUUAUAAAGACCACGAGUGUGACUUCCUUGCUGCAUAUGUAGCCAUCUGUUAUACACACAACAUCUGCAUCAGCUGGAGGACUCACGACUUCUGCCCCCUAAAGUGCCCCCCAGGUAAAGAGUACCAUCCAUGCGUGAACACAUGCAAGACCAAAACCUGCCAGAACCGGGACUUCUACGAGGAAUCCACCUGCUCCUCCAUCCGGGAAGAGUGUGUGUGCAAGAGCGGGACCAUCCUACACCGGGCCGACUCUGCGUUCUGUGUCACCGAGGACAGAUGCGUUUGCACGGACAACGAUGGGGUCCCCCGUGCGGUGGGGGAGGUGUGGAACGGAUCGAACAAGGGCUGCUGCCUGUACCGCUGCAUGGAAAACGGCAGCAUCACAGCAGUAGAGCCCGACUGCAGUGACAUGCCAGCCCCCCUCUGUGAGCGGGAAGGCGAGUUUGUCGUCGAUGUGGUGGAGGAGGGGGCCUGCUGCCCAAAAAAGAUCUGCGAAUGCAACCUGACCAUCUGUGAGAGUGAGGUGCCAACUUGCGAGAACGGGAACAAACUGAUGAUUGGAUACAGCACCCUGUCCUGCUGCCCUGAGUACAGAUGUGACUGUGAUCCCCAGGCCUGUCCCUCAGUUCUCAUGCCGGAGUGCAGGGAUGACCAGUUCUUGGUGGAAGUCAGAGCUGAAAAGUCCUGCUGCUUCUCCUUCCUGUGUGUGUGCGAGUCCUGCAUUGAUCCCAUCCCAUUGUGUAAAGAUGGAGAGAUUCUGGCUGUGGAUCUCAACACCACGGACCGGUGCUGCCCUCAGUACCACUGCGUGUGCGACGAGAGCUUGUGCCCCCCCUCCACGCUGGAGUGUGCCAGCGGGACGUCCAUGGUCAGGAAAAGCGUCCCGGGGAGUUGCUGCCCGGACUGGCAAUGUGAGUGCCAGUGUCUCAAUAACUCCUCCCCACUGUGCCAGGUGGGUGAAAUUCAGACCCUGGACCCAAACACUGACAGCACUUGUGGCUGCACUCAGUACAUCUGUAGGAAGGCAGAGGUGUGCCUCUUUCAGGGGGUAACAGUGCUGAGUCCGGGGCAGUCCAUGGUGCAGUACUUCGAUGGGGACCUUUGCUACACGGUGCACUGCCUACAGGACAAGGACCCUGAUACAGGCUUUUAUGCGAUGGAUGUAUCAACUGUCAACUGCUCUGAGAAAUGUGGGCCUCACCAAAUAUAUAUCCCUUCCUCAGACCCACAUGUUUGCUGUGGUUCUUGCAAAAAUGUGUCAUGCAUCUACACCAGUGAGAACAGCACCAUGGAGGUCUACACGGCUGGGAGCUCGUGGGUGACAAACUGUACUCGGUUCGACUGUGUGGAGACGGCCGUCGGAGCUGUGACACUGGGCUCCGUGGUCGUUUGUCCACCUUUCAACGACACUGAAUGUGUCCAGAACGGGGGCACAGUACAGAACUAUAUUGACGGCUGCUGCAAGACCUGUAAAGAGGAUGGUAAGACCUGCAAAAGGGUGGCAAUCAGAACAACCAUCAGGAAGGACGACUGUCGGAGUAGUGCCCCAAUCACUGUGUACUCCUGUGAUGGCAAGUGCCCCUCUGCCACCAUCUUCAACUUCAACAUCAACAGCCACGCGCGUUUCUGCAAAUGCUGCCGGGAGAACACCCUGCAGAGCCGCACAGUGCAGCUGUACUGCACGCGCAACAGCACCCUGGUCAGCUACACCUUCCAGGAGCCCUUGGAGUGUUCCUGCCAGUGGAACUAGUCAGGGGUCGGGGCUUGUGAAGGGACCAGAGAGUCUGCCAUUGGAGCACUUGAGUUUCAAUAACAAUGAGGUUUCCUCUUAGAUUAAAUGUUACGACACAGUUAUGACAAUUACAAAUGUAGGCUCACAAACAUGUUAUUUAGCCAUAAAAUCAUAUUGAUUGCUUUAUGUUACAGAUUAUGUUUUAUUCUUUUGUUUUCUAUUUUAAUUUAAUUUAGUAUGUAAUAUUUAGUAUAUUAAUGCCUUAAUUGAUGAUGCAGAAAUAUUUUUAAAGCUAUUUUGUGAGCUUUUAGAAACUUUUUUAAAGGUAAUUACUUGUAAAAUAGCAUGUUAUUUUAAAUACAUUGUUUUGUAUCUAAUUGUCCAAUCUACUAAAAUGUCUAUGACAUCACAAUUUUUCAGCCUCUUUCAGUGAAAUUCCUCAUAAUUAUUUUGAAAGUGUUCAAAGUUCUUUGAAAAAUGUUAAGUUUAAAAGCCCUGUAGUGACACAUACCUCAUUUUGUUUUAUCAUCCCACACAUCUUGUUGAACAAUGUUGGCGAGAAAAGCCACUACUAAAAACAAGGCAAUAAAACA